AUGAGACCAUUACCAGUACUAAAAGAAUACCGCAUAUCGUCAGACCAUGGGUUUUUAGACGACCGGUUACCCUUGGCCAGAUUAAGCAGCAAUAAAUACAUGAAAUGGGAAGAAAUCGUUGCCAAACUACCCUCUCUUUUGCAAGAGGGAAGCAAGGUGCGGACAGUUAUUGAUGAGCUGGAAGUCUUGGACUUGGACGACAGCAUUUUAGGCGAGGUCAGGGAGCUCAGAAGAGCGUAUUCCAUUUUGGGGUUUAUGGCGCAUGCUUAUAUUUGGGCGAGCGGAACUCCCCAGGAUGUGCUACCGGAGUGUAUUGCAAGACCACUGUUGGAGACAGCGAAUAUUUUGGGGCUUCCCCCAUUAGCUACGUAUUCCUCGUUGGUGUUAUGGAACUUCAAAAUGGCCGACGAGUGCAAGAAAACGGAAGCUGGGUGUUUGGACUUGGAAAAUAUUACCACUAUAAACACAUUUACGGGGACCGUGGACGAAAGUUGGUUUUAUCUGGUGAGCGUGCGGUUUGAAAAAAUCGGCAGCGCUUGUUUAAACCAUGGCCUGGAAGUAUUGAGUGCCAUUAGAAACGGUGAUAAAGAGGAUGCAGCAGUGGUAAACGGGUUGGAGAAAUUGGCUGCAACCAUUGAAAGGUUAUCGAAAGCGUUGAUGGAAAUGGAGGUCAAGUGCGACCCAAAUGUGUUUUAUUUUAAGAUAAGACCUUUUUUGGCCGGAUGGACUAAUAUGUCGCAUAUGGGGUUGCCGCAAGGUGUUAAGUAUGGGACCGAAGGUAAGUAUCAGAUCUUUUCUGGCGGGUCCAAUGCGCAAAGCUCGUUGAUACAGACACUGGAUAUCCUUUUGGGUGUGAAACACACUGCGAAUGCUGCGCAUUCUUCCAAAGGAAAGAGCAAGGUCAACUAUUUAGAUGAAAUGAAAAAAUAUAUGCCAAGAGAACACCGCGAAUUUCUUUACCAUCUGGCAUCGGUGUGUAAUAUUCGAGAAUAUGUCUCCCUUAACCCUUCUAAUCGGCCUUUGCAAGAAGCCUACGGUCAUUGCAUUUCCAAGUUGAAAACUUUUAGAGACAACCAUAUUCAGAUUGUGACCAAGUACAUUAUUUUGCCCUCGAAUUCGAAGCAAUGUGCCUCCAACAAAUCGGGUGUGUUGAGUCCAAUCGAGCCCAAUACCAAGGCGAUUAAUUGCUCGGGAGCCAAAGUCGCUUCGGCCAAGACUAUUGGAACCGGUGGUACCAGAUUGAUGCCGUUCUUAAAACAGUGCAGAGACGAAACUAUUGCGACCGUGGAAACCAAAAACGAGAACAAAAAUUGA